AUGGAUUCAGAUAGUCUAGUAGCAACUAGAGCAAGAAGACCAAAUGCAGGAUCUCGUUUGAAGCAAUUAAUAGAACUAGAAGAACAAGGAAAUGAACAACAACAACAACUACAAUUUAUUGAUGAUGAUGAUGAGAAUGUCAAUUUACUAUUUCAAGAAGAUGGUGAAGAUGAUGAGGAAUUCAUAGAUGAAGAUAUAGAUAAUGCCAAUCUCAUAGGCAUUGACGAAAGCGAAGAAGAAGAGGAGGAGGAAGAUGAGGAGGAAGAUGGUUCGCGGAAACGCGUACAUGAAGACAAUGAAGAUGAAGAAGAUGAAGGUAUGAUGAUAAAUUCAGAUGAAAACUUAUCAGAUUCAGAAAUAUCAGCAUCAGAUUCAGAUGAAAGUGAAGGUGAAAAGGAAUUACAACGUCAAGAAAAGAAAAAACGACGGAAAUUAAAACAGUCAUUAAUCCCAGCAAUCAAAAAAGCCAAACCAUCACCGUCAAUUACAAUUACUACUAAAGACAAGACUAAGCUAAAAAGACGCUCGGCAUUAAUAACCUCCCAAUCAUUGUUAAUGUCCGAAAGACGAUCUUCAUCCCGUUCAGCAGCAGUCGAGAAUAAACAAGCCCUAAUUGAAAAACUUAAAGAAAGUGAAGAAAGAAGAGCCCAUUUCACUCCCAUAGUACGCAAAAAACAUGUCGAAUUAACCCAAGAACAAAGAUUAGCAGAAGCUGUUGAGACAGAAAGAUUGAAUAUUGAGGCUUUGAAUCGAUUUAGAGAACAAGAAGUUGUUAAAAAGGAGAGACAACGACAACUAUUACUUGCCAAGAGAGUAAAGCUUCACAAUGUAAUUAGAUUUGUAAGUAAAGAAACAUUUAUAAGUCCCAUUGAAGAGGUUUUGGAAGCUAGAAAGGAUUUUGAAAAGAGUUUAAAGGGGAAGCGGAAAUUUGGUAGGAAAAAGAAGGAUGUUGAAGAUGGAGGACAAGAAGAUCCGAAGAUUAGAAUACCUUUUGAUAUUAAUUAUGAUUUACCUUUCCAGAAAGAAGAAUUGGAAAAGCAAAGAAAGAUACAAGAGGAAGAAGAGAAAUUAAGACAAAUUGAAGAAGAAAGAAUCAGACAAGAAGAAGAGAGACAAAAAGCAGAAGAGAGCUUGAAGGUUGAACAAGAAAAUGAGAAUGAAGUUGAAACAAUUGAUGGCGAAAAUGCUCCGAGAUCUCAAGAAGAAAGCAACGAAGAAAGUGCAAAUGAAUCCAAGGACUCCGCAGAAGGUGAACAGGAAACUUCUAUAAAUGGGGAUGCCGACAGUAUAGACAAGCAAACCCCAUUGGAGAAGUCCGAUGACAUACAUGAAGAUAAUAAAUCUGACGAUAUCUUAGUAGAUAAUGAUAUUUCAAAGGAUAUGCAAAUUGAGGAAGACGAAGGAGAGACAGCCUUGACAAACAAGGAGCAAACUGAAGAGACAUUGGCAGCAUUGGAGAAAGACGAGGAGCCAGAUGUUAGUGAGAAUGCUCAACAGGAAAACAAAAUCGAAGGCGACAGUAUUUUAGAAAACAAUGAUAGUUCAAAACGUGUUGAAAUGGAAGAUAUCCAACACACAGCUGAAGUACAAUCAGGUUCGAAUAUGGAUGUUGACCAAGAAAUCGAAACGAAGGACGACCAGCAGGAAUCACAGGAUCAACUGAUCGAUAGUUUAAAACCCGAUGAAGAACCACCAUUAGACCCCAUAAAGGUUGAGAACGACGAAACCGAAACCGCAACUUCAGUGAAAGUAGAAGAAGUCCCAAAUGAGAUCAAAGAAGAGAAGCAUGUUAAAUUCGCCGAUGAGAUAGACGAUUCAAUGUCAAUCGAGCCCACUCCAAUUUCACCAGAAACAACCCCAACUCCGAUUCUCAAAAUAGAUCAACAACAACAAGAGGAAGAAGACCAAAAAUCAAAAGAGAUCUUUGAAGGUCCUCCUCAGAAAGUAUGGAAAAAUACUAUCUACCUCCUUGAUUUCGACGAAGACAGACGUGAAUUUAGAUUGAAUAAUCUGACGAAUCUUAAACGACUCUUAUUUGGAAAACAAUCUCUCCUUCCUGCCAUGCGUCGAUUCAAAGAUGGGAAAACGAUAUUGCAUAUCGGAAAAACCGAAAAUCCAUAUGCUAGAGCACAACAACAAUCACCACCUGAAGAUGAUGUUUUAUUUGAGCCAGUUACUAAUAUAUCUGAAUCCAGCGCAAUUUUUGAUGAAUUAAAGAGAUUGCCCAAAUUGGGUGUUAAACAGGAUACAAUACAAGAGAUCAGUGAUACCGAACAACAAGAAAGUCAUGAGAUUGUACUAAAGACCCAACCACCUAGUGGAUUAUAUCUUCCUAAUAAUAAUAGAAAACCAUGUAUGAUCUCAGGAACAGAAGUUAAAUAUUUCGAUCCAACUACUGGUAUUCCAUAUAGUUCUGUUCAAGCUUAUAGAUUAGUGAAAUUGAUUGAAGGGGGCAAGAUCCCUUGGAUAAGUAUGUCACAUGACGAAGUUGGGGAGAUUGAAUUAUAUGCUGGCAAUCGAGAAGGUGUUAGACACGCCAAGGGUGUACCUGAAGGAUUUGAAUGA